CACGUCCCCGCUUCGUCCGUUCGCAGCCGCGCCUGCUACAAUUUCUCACACAGUCAAGUGGAUCCGUUGUUCCCGGAUAAAUUGGGUCCGGCCGUCGGGCGGACGCGGUGCCGGUGCGUUUUUUUGUAUUGGUGCAGUGUUCAGCUUGUGUCAAGUGCGAGGUUGGUGCCGGGGAUCGGCGUGCAAGUGGAUCGUGGUCCGCGGUGAUCGGGCUGCGGAAUGUUUACUUAACGAUAAAACGUUUGUGUUUGUGUGACUGCUAUUUUAGUUUUCUUUACCAACAUCUCUCUGCUACGUGGCAGUGUUUAGUGGGUUAUUUUCGUAUAAGCCGCACGGGUUUUCGCCAGUGGCAGUGCGGCCCAAAACGCAAACGGUUCGGGGUACGGUGGGACCCGCAGUGGCCGACGGUCCGAGUCCCGCAACUGUUUUACUUUCGUUCCGCGUAUCUGUGCCAUCGCUUCUCUCGCACAUCCCGGUAAAAGUGUACAGUGACCUCACAACCUGUCCGCUUUAUUUUGGAUUAACCGUCUUGUGGAUUACUGCAUUUUGUCUUUUUUAUCUCGUCGAUAUUGAUUAAACAACGGGCACGGGGGGACUCAUUCCAAAUCCGAAAAGCAGCCCCAUUACCGACCUGUCACCGUGUUUAACAGAUAAAAUCAUUGAGUGAACGGUGGACCCUCGAAAUUUCCCAAUGACUUUAUAAGAAUGAAGGAAACGUUCAGGCAAAUGCCGGCCCUGGGCUGGCAGCGACAUACUGCCGGAUAACUUCAAUAAAUUUCUUCAGCAUAAAGAUAGGAAAAGGGCAGGUGCAACCUGCAGGUCAUGGAUGUUACCUUUACAAACGUAUUGGAGGGGGCGAGACAAUAUUUCCAGGGGCUACCGGCGGGCACUGGCUCGACGGCAGGCCCCACGCACGCUGACACCCACGGACGUAAUGAGAACGAGAACGGCGGCGGUGCCGCCACGGACCAGUCCCAGCUGGCCGCAUCAGGUUACUGGCAACAAGCCCAGGACCACCAGAGGCCGCCACCGCCCCGAGACCAUACCCCCGUCCAACAGCAGCAGCAGCAACAGCAACAGCAGCAAAGACCUCCUUCGCACCUGUCGGACUCGUCCAGGCCGCCGUCCCACUCGCAUCCGCUGCAGUACGUGUCCGUAUCGGAGCAACACGGUCGGCUAACGAAAUAUCCUAGUUCCUAUGCGGAGUCGGCGACGUCACAGACGCCGUUUCAGUUCUCGAGGCCGCAGUCACGUGAACAGCCGCAGAACCAUUCCCACCAGUUACAAUAUCCACAACAUAUCACCACUAGUGCUACCUAUCAUCAGUCUCCUUCGCCCAGAAUACAAACGUCCCGCGCACAGGAGUCGCAACAAAUCCCUCCUCCACACUCCCAAUCAUAUCAAAGCUACCCGCAUUCGCGGUACUACCCCGUACAGUCGCAGGCGAAACCCGUUUCCACUUCAUCCAGCCUUUCAUAUUCUGCCGCCUCCAGCCAAGGAUAUCAGCCUACACAAAAUGCCUACUAUAAACAUUCGUACACGCAACAAACUCCCAGUUCUACGCCGAACAUCUACCAUACGUCACAAAGCCAAGCGAUUCAAAGACAUACGGAGAGCAAACAUAUGCCGGUAACUUCGGCCCCUGUUUCUAGCUACCAAAACGAAGUUCGCACCACCCACAAUCUUCCUCCAAUCGCAGCGUUGUCCGCCACCUACCAACCGAGGAGUAGAGAACCUCCAAGGCUAAACAAUCCUCGCCCAAGGACCACUGCUACAGCAAUUCCGAGCUAUCCACAACAAGCUUCGUCGAUUACAACUCCUGUAUAUCAAAAUAACUCCUCGUUACCAUAUUCCUCUGGUUACAGUGAAAAUAAACCCGUCUCAUCUUACAAUAGUCACGUGAGUCAACCAAACGUGAGCUACCAUCACUCAUCGGCGACAACUACAACCACCCCCUCUUAUAGUCACGUUAUAGUGACGUCUUCAACCGUUUCCAAUUCCUACACAGCUCCCCAACAGUCUUCCAGCCAAUAUUAUCAAUCCGUCAAGCCCAGCUCAUUCGCCGCCUCACCAUCACGAAGUCAACCCAGCAAUAUCGUAACGAAUCACGUGUCUACUGUACCACAACCUCAACAUCACCAUGACUACGACCGAAACGUCAACAACGGACGUCUAGCUCCAAUAAUCAAACAAAAACGAGAAUCUCCACUGGAUCUGUCGGUGAAGACGGUACGAACGUCGGCAGAUUCGACUCUGGACGACGCCGAAGAUGCCAGAAUGAAGUAUUACCAUCAAAACCGACACCCCUCGAUAUCGGCCCACAGUUACCCUCAGUACGACGUCAACUUCCAAAGGAACGUUCCCCAUCGGUCGGCGCCCACACAACCUAGUGCCACCGCCCCAAAAGUCGAGUUCAACCCCAACUUCAACAUUCAGUCGUUGAACCAGCAUCCGGGCAGAGGUUUUGCGCAGGAGAUGCAACGUAAUCACACCAUGUCUUCAGAGAAGCCUCACACCGCCAACAAGCCCAUGGACAAGUACCCGGUCAACCAGCAACCGAAUAUAGGCAGCCGUUAUCCCACCAUGCCCAUUCCUUCGGCCCACAUCAAUUCUCACCUGCUUCAGAAGCAGCCGCACAACAGUACGCCUUCCAGGGGCGGACCUAGUACAAACAAUAAUCUCAAACCGCAAUCAAACUACUUCAACGCCGGACACGAACUGAACAAGAAACGGGUUUUGGACCCGGGCCCGUCGAUUAUUCCCAAAAAGAUGCAAAAAAUCGACGCCUGGCGACAAAGUAUAGACCAAGAGAUCGAUCAAAGAUUAUCCAGUUACAAACAAGAGCAACAACAAAAAUACAACCCGACUUCUAACGUUGUUAACGGAAGUUAUCAGUCUGUUGUGGAGAAGAAGAACGACGCCAUGUCAUCACGACAGCCGACGGCGUUCCUUCCCAUAACUCAACAGCCGUUCAGUAACUACAACACACAUAAUCAAACUUACGUACCUUCAGCAGCGUCCCAUCAAUAUCCCGGUUACACGCCCGGAAUGAGCAACCAGCAACAACCACCCUACCAACAACAUCGUUAUCCGAGAUCAAAUCCAUCAACAAUGCCACCCUACAAUUCGAAGAGUAAUGCUGGUGGUGGAGCCAAUAAAACAGUACUGAGUCUAUUGAGGAACAGUCUCGAAGUGAAAGAGCAAAAGAGGUUGGAGCAGAGCAAAAUCCACGAAGCCGGACAACAACAAGCCAGAUCUGAGGUCCAGCAUCCGUCAACUGAUGUUACCGCACCGAUACAACCCAAGCCCGGCUUCAACAGCAGGAACAACGUGUCACCUUUCACUCCGACCAGUUUUCCGGAAACCAGCAACGGCAUACCCAUGUACAAGUUCCCAAAAGCCAUCGAUUCCGUCAAUUACGAUGGCGACAGCAAAAACAGCAUCAACGUUGACAAAUCCAACGACGACAUAACAAUAAUCAGCAACAACAGUACAAAUAGCGAGUUCGACGGUUUGGCCGCACGAAUACGGACGAAGGGAGAGCUGAAACAAGGGGGACAAGUGUCCACCGGAUCGGGGGCCAGCAAAUUACAGCAAGCCUUCGUCGAUAAUCAAAUCAAGUCGCCGUUCAAGCAAGAGCUCCCCACUUUGGGAUCAGCGGCUGCGACGAAUCUCAUUCUACCCAAACUAAUCAAAGACAAACCCUCCUCUUUGGUACCACCUAGGCGACGAUUGUUCAGUAGAACCGAAGAAGAUGGGAGCAAUAACGUUCCGCAUAGGGACAAAUCCGGGCUGAGGAGUUCCUCAGAGACAUCGGUGUUCGAUUUUCCGGACACGGAUUCGGAGAACGAGAUGGAAAGACAAUCACUUCACGCGAUGCGACGAGACAGGAAGGCGUCCGUGAAAUACGUUUCGAACGCAAGCUUGGACGUCAAACCUGAAUCUCCAAGGGCGCCCAGUCCGUUUGACGAUAUGUUCGCCCAAGUCUGUGAUAAUUUUAUGGAACAAUUGAAGAAUGGUAACUGUAGAAAGAAAGGCGGCAGGAAAAAGAAAUUCGAACCUGAAGUUCUGGCAAGUUUGCAAACAACCACCAAAGAGAAUCCCGUUGAUGCUGACGUAGUCGUAAAAGUUGAACCUGAAGAGAUUGCUCAAACUGAGCCGGAAGCAGUUGCUGUGAAGAGAGAAGAAGACAAUAACACUUCGAAAGAAGAAAAGCCGCUUCUGCGACAGUGCGAGGAGUUGGUAAUAAAACUGGAGGCUUUGAAACAAGACGAAAAGAGUAAAGAACCUCCUGUUGCCGAUAAUACAAAAGCAAUUAAAAGAAAUCUAUUUUCAUCAAGCGAGGAUGAAGAAGUUAAGACUGAAAACAAGCCUGCAAACGAAUCAAAGGUCGAAAUUAAAAAAGAAGAGGCGAGCGAAACUGACGCGAAACCGUCAGAAACCGAAACAGAUAACCCGACGCCCAAACCGGAAGCACCGAUAGUCACACGUCCGGCCAAGAAACCGUCAUUCGGAGACGGUUCCGACUUUUAUCCAGGCUGGGAGGAAAGUCUCUGCAAAUAUAAACGGUCGUGUCGUGUGCCCGCCAGUCUGAUCCAAGUUACGAGACCUCCGCAACUGAAAAAUCGAUUAUCCACCUCGUUGCCCGAUUUGGAUCCUUCCGCACGUUCACCCACCCAUUCUUUAACAAACGACGGCACCAAUGCGACGAAAAAAAUGCAUAAAAUCAAAUCUGAGCCCAUCGAUAGUGAUGUGGACUCGAAUUGUAGUUUUAACUUGUUCAGCAAACACAGCAGUUACGAUUCCGAAGGUGGAUCUUCCAUUAAGAGCUUGCCGAUUAUGGGUAGAGAAGGGAACUCUAUAUUGGACAGAUUGUUGGAGAAGUGCGGCGGCAAGAAGAAGAAAAAGAACAAGAAGAAGGACGAGGGCGUCCCUAAAGUUAUGCCCAAAGCGGAGAAUCCCGUGGAGCUGCUCCCAACACCCAGUCUAGAAGUGCAAAACAAGGAAAACGACAAAAAGCUCCACACGCAAAUAAUAAAAAGUGAGUCCGCGUUGCUCGGCUUCCGCAAACAGACGAUCGAGAAUUACAAAGACGAGUUCAUUAAAGGUGGUAAUUUGCUAGGUGUGAAUAAGUUUUCAACAACGAUAGUGCUAAGUUCACGGACUAGAAAAGAGACGAGAGUGCUAAAACAGAGGGCUACAAUUAAAGAGGUGUUCGGUGAUGAUCGGCCCGCGUCGGCGCCUCCAAUACCCUGUGUUCACGCCAAAGAAGACACCGACGAAAAAAUGUCGAUCGCCUCGGAGGAACUUAGGAUUAAAGACGAACCGCACGAUCAAAACGAAGACGACCAAACAUUCCAAUCGGAACUAGACACUAAGCAAAUGCUCAAAAACAAACUGCUAAACAAAAACAAGACCUGCAAUAACGACAAUCUAAAGACUGAUAAGAAAAUCAAAUCAGAAAUUCUGGACGAGCCGGACGAAGACACGAUAAGGGAGGACAUCAUGAAAAACAUACUAAUAGAUCGUGAUCCGGAAAUCAAAUCGGAAACGCCGUCGAUAGACGACGAAGGUAGCAUCUCCGGCAAAAGGAAGAGCAAGCUGCGACGAAAACUGAGCUCCGGCUUCGAUUACAUACGAAAGAAAAAGAAGGCGAAAAAGGAGACGAGCGUGGAGGCGGAAACUGCCUCGAUUGCGAAGGCGAGACGGCGUGGAGCGCCGGUUAAAUCGACGCCGGAAUCGGUGCAGGAUAUCCAGAAGGAGAUUAAAACGUGGGUGCUCAAUAAGGGUAUCGGGGAGUCGCAUCUUCAUCGUGCUGCCAGAUUGGGAUACACCGAAAUCACGGCGUUUUGUUUGGAGAAAAUGGAUUGUCCACCGUCGCCGAGAGACAACGCCGGUUACACUCCCUUACACGAGGCGUGUUCCAGGGGACACUUGGAUAUUGCCAAGUUGCUGUUGCUUUUCGGGGCGGACGUCAGCGAAUCCGCCCAAGGGGGAAUUCGACCCCUGCACGAAGCUGUGGAGAAUGGAUUCGUGGAGAUCGUGCGAUUGCUGCUGUCUUACGGUGCAGAUCCGUAUCUGGCCACAUACUCUGGUCAAACGCCGCUCGCCCUGGCGAAAGACGACCUCACCGCCCAAUUUUUAAAGGAACACAUAAACGACAUUGAGGGGAAUCCUGGAUCGCCUUGGCUGUUCCCCGCCGUCCAAAGUGAAAACGACUUCUUCGAGACGGGCUACGACGUGCUGGACGGGGCGCCGAGUCCGGACUCCGAUUCGGACAACGACGACAUCGAGUUCGAAAUGUCGGAACAACUCCUGCCCAAUUUGUACACCUUGCGUGGAGAGCCGUCCAACGAACGGUGGAUCCUGCUUCAGGACUUGUCGAGUCUGCUGAAGAUCAAGUCGCGGGACGCUCUGCUGAAACAGAUCACGCCGCCUUCCACGUCGAGCUCGUCGUCGGCCAGCAAAACGGUGCUGCGGGAGCUCAAGAUGACGGAGUUUCUGGAGCAGGCGCGCUGCUGUCAGUUUCUGAAUGCCGGUGAAAAAGUAAACACUCGUGCGUCGAAAAUCGCCUUAGUUAAGUAUACGGAUAAAGUGAAGGAACUAUUGAACGUGGAAACGGUUACGAUUACGAACAGGUGACCCGAGAAGUAAUUAUUUUAUUUUAUUGUGUUGACUAGUGAUAAAUGUUGUUUAUUUUCGGUUUACCUUUUUAUUUGAGACGGUUCAUUUGCAAUUACGAGAUGGUGCUUUCAAAUUAAGACAUUCAAAUAUUUUUAUGUUUAAUAUUUUCAAAGUUUAUUUAUUAUUAUUACUAUGAAAAAAGUAUAGUUGAUAAGUUACCAAGCUUUUUAGAAAAAUUUACAAUGAUAGGCUAUAAUAUAGUAAGCAUGUGUAUGUGCAAUUUUGUAUGUCAACAUUUUGCUUUAUAUAAAUUCGUGUAAUAUACAUAUAUAGUAUAAUAUAUAUAUAUAUAUAUAUAAAUAUAGAAUUAUAUGUAAUUUUUUACUAAAUGAUACUCAAUGGGGAUUAGAUUAAGAUAGAUUUUAUCAAAUAAAGCUCAGGGAAUUGUAUUCUGUAUUCAAAGAGUACUUACAUUAAUUGAAUGGUAAAUGUAAAUACAAAAAAUAAAUGUACUGUAUUUGUGACUUUGUAUAUAUUUAAACUUCUGUAUGUAUUUUCUUAAGGCUGAUUGCGUAAUUUUCUAUGAAAUAGAUGAUGUAUUGUGUGCUUGCUCAUUUAAGAAAAAUAAUAAUAAAACCCCUCUGUUAUAUACAUAUUAUAUUGGCUUACUAUGGGUAGUUGUACAGUAAAACGAGUUAUCUGUGAUGCGCAUCAGUGGCAAAGUGCAAUGCUUUUUUGCAAUCAUAUUGUGAUUUUGCCAAUUUGUCCUAUCAGUGUGAAUUUAGAAGAUAUUUUAAUUUAUAAACAUUUUUUCACAUUUUUAAUGUUUUUUGUUCUACAAAACAUGUGAAAUACUAAUACAAUACAAUACAAUAAAUAUUAA